AUGCCCACCACCACUGGUUCCAAUGUGGUGCCUGCUCCUGCACCGAUAAGUCGGGCUGCGGGUACGUGGCUGGUCCACCAGCACUGGGCAGCCGAUGCGCCCCCUUCUCUACUUCAAUGUCGAGGGGGGGGCGCGGGCUCGGCCUCCCCGAUCUUCCAAAUUUUUGGGGGUGUCCAGGCGGGUCAUGCCCCUUCCAAAGUCGAUGGUGCGUCUAUGGACUCAGCUCGCUCUAGUCCACCGCCACCAAAGGGCUUCGCCGCUCUAUUUCGCGAUGGGUCCAAUCCGAAGAAGAAAGACAAUCCGGCCUCUCCGGGGCUUUUUGACAUCGCCAAGCCGUCCAGUCGUGACCUGAUGGCGAUGAUUCAGCUCUAUGAUGACGGGGAUGAUCGUGAUGUAAUCUUGCGCAAGCUCCGCGCCUUGAGUCCGGGAGUAGCGGAAGUGUUUCCGUACUCGGUGGAAUUGGACAUGGGGACACUAUUUUUAAAGGUAGGAACUUUCAAGUUAAUUGCUUCCUUUCUCAGUGACCAUGGUAAUGUUAAGGUCGAGGAGUUGCUUAGCAGCGGUCAGCUCAAUGUGCUUGAGCGCUCCUCAAACGGUGCAAUUUCGAUCGGGGCCAAGUCGCUGGUUGUUAAGCGGGCUUUGGCAGGAGAGAAGUUCGCAACCUUGGCCAUCAGGUUUGCCCUCAAGGCUACAAGUGUCCUUGACACUUGCCACUACGUCGACGCUUUCGGCGUUUCUGGGUCAAUGAAGCCGGAGCUUUUCUUUGAUCUCCUUCAUUCUCUAGGGGCUUUACCUCUUCAUUGUGCUCGGCUGGGUUUGGUUAAGGUACUGCGAUUUAGGGAGGGCCAGGUCCGGAUUUACCUCCGAUCUGGUUCGCGGUCUCUUUGUCCCGAGGUUGACGGUGUGGAGGUGGGCCAGUUCAUACUCUGUGGGUCGGUACAUCCCGUGCGCCAUCGUGAUACCCCGAGUAUUCGACCUCAGGCACCCUAUCAUCGCCGUUCCCGAUGCUCCCUGGACCUAACUCCCCUGGCUUCAAAAGCUGCACCAUAUAACAAUCGGUCUGUCGGGAAUUUUCUCUGUACAGUAAUUGGUUGUGGUUCUUCUGGUGGUUCUGGUGAUGAAUCGAUGGCUGACUUCGGGAGGUGGUCUCAAGACAUACCCUUGCUAAAGUCUCGACUAGGGCCGGUUGGAGCAUUGUCUCUAGGGACGGUGCUCUAUACGUCUUCUGUCGCGAAUUCCGCCGAAUCAUCCUUUGCCGCACCUGCUUAA